ACUUUUAUACUCCAUUUAAUCAAGCUGACAGAUUUGACGGGGAUUAGUCAAAUUUGAUAAGAGUAUUUGUUUGAUUCAGUGGACUGUUAAAAGUCGGUCUACGGCAUCACCAGACGAAACAUGUCCUGAUACAGACACAGUUGGAAUUACUAUCUCAAUGGCGGCCACCGGAGCGGGCUUUUUCACGGCCGUUUCGUCGCCGAUUCUGCGCUCCCAAUUGUCUCCGUCAAUCAACCCCAAACAUUUCGUGUCGGCAAGAGUUACGAGCCGGCAACCCGUUUCCUCAACUGAACCGCCGCCACAACCGCCGUCAUCCUCCUUUAACGGAAGAUUGGAAAAGAAGAAGCAGGAGGCGGCGGAUACAGUAACGAAAAGCGGCGGUGAGUCGGAGGAGCGACGUUUGAGUUUGAAGGAUUAUUUUGGGCAGUCCGAGGAUAUGAUCAGAUCGGUCGACGGUGGGCCACCUCGUUGGUUCUCCCCCUUGGACUGCUAUUCUCGCUCGAACAACUCUCCUCUCCUGCUCUUUUUACCCGGGAUCGACGGCGUUGGGCUUGGACUUACUUUGCAUCACCAAAGACUUGGAGAGAUAUUUGAUGUAUGGUGCUUGCAUAUUCCUGUUCUGGACCGAACCCCAUUUACAGGCCUGGUGGAUCUGGUUGAAAGAACAGUGAGGUCAGAGAAUUAUCUUUCACCAAACAGACCCAUAUAUCUUGUUGGAGAAUCAAUUGGAGCUUGCCUUGCACUCAGUGUUGCUGCCCGAAACCCUGAUAUUGAUCUGAUGCUUAUUUUGGCUAACCCAGCCACAUCUUUCAGCAGAUCACCGCUACAACCAUUAAUACCUUUAAUGCAAAUCAUGCCCGAUCAGUUCCAUCUCACUGUGCCAUAUAUAGUGAGUUUAAUGACAGGUCUUCCUUUGAAGAUGGUGAUGGCUACUGUGGAGAAAAGACUUCCCCUGCAACAAACAGUUGGAGAACUAUCAGAACAUUUUGGAGAAUUGUCGUCAUACAUUUCUGUCCUGGUCGAUAGUCUAUCUAGAGGAACACUUAUGUGGAAGCUGCAGAUGAUUGGGUCAGCUUCCGCAUAUGCCAAUUCACGUCUCCAUGCUGUCAAAGCACAGACACUAAUACUUUCAAGUGGAAGGGAUUUGGUCCUACCAAGUGAAGAGGAAGGUGAAAGACUUCGUCGUACGCUGCUGAAAUGUGAGAUUCGAAAGUUUAAUGACAGCGGGCAUGCACUAUUAUUGGAAGAUGGUGUUGAUUUAGUCACGAUCAUUAAGGGUGCUAGCUUCUAUCGCCGUGCUAGAUGUCUUGACUAUGUCUCUGAUUAUAUGCCUCCCACUCCUCCCGAAUUCAGAAAAAUACACGAGUCAAUCAGAUGGACUGAGAUGGCUACUUGUCCUGUGAUGCUCUCAACUUUAGAGAAUGGAAAGAUUGUGAGAGGCCUAGAAGGGAUUCCUUCCGAGGGGCCAGUCUUGUUUGUUGGAUAUCACAUGUUGUUAGGCUGGGAAUUGGCUCCUUUGGUAGCCCGUUUUUGGGCGGAAAGGAAUAUUCUUUUGCGAGGGAUAGCCCAUCCCAUGAUGUUCAGAAAAUUGAGAGAUGGAAAAUUACCUGAAUUAUCCAGUUUUGAUACAUUCAGAAUGAUGGGUGCAGUUCCUGUAUCUGCAACUAAUUUCUAUAAACUUUUUGCUUCAAAGUCCCAUGUUCUACUGUAUCCAGGGGGCAUGCGUGAGGCUCUUCACCGAAAGGGUGAGGAGUACAAGUUAUUCUGGCCAGAACAUUCUGAGUUUGUAAGGAUGGCGGCGAGAUUUGGAGCAACAAUUAUACCUUUCGGGGUUGUUGGUGAAGAUGAUAUUAGCCAAGUAUUACUUGAUUAUGAUGAUCUCAUGAAGAUUCCUUAUUUUAAGGCUGAGAUAGCAGACCUUACUGAUGAGGCUGUGAAGUUGAGAACUGACAUCGAGGGAGAAGUUGCAAAUCAGGAUGUGCACCUUCCAAUUAUCUUACCCAAACUUCCUGGCCGUUUCUAUUUCCUCUUCGGGAAGCCAAUUGAAACAAAAGGGAGGAAGCAUGAAUUAAGGAGCAGGGACAAAGCGCAUGAACUGUAUUUAGAAGUCAAGUCCGAGGUUGAGAAAUGCCUUGCUUUCUUGAAGGAGAAAAGAGAACACGACCCUUACAGAGAAUUACUGCCUCGGUUAAUAUUCCAGGCCACUCAUGGUUUUGAUUCUGACGUCCCAACAUUUGAACUGUGAUUUUUUUUUUUCCUGUCAAAGGUGAGUCCUUUUCAUAUAGGAGGCAGGCAAGAUAUGCUCCCGGACAGAUAUAACGGUGUCCGGUGCCCAGAGUUGCCACCGCAUAAGAUAUAUCCAUACAUGAUUCUUUUUCCCCAGAAAAGCAAGAAAGAAGUUGAAACAAGAAAGCGGAGGGAAUGGGGAGGGAAGCGUAGUUCAGGAAUAGUAAUAUUCUUCCUAAUAUGGUAUACCAACUAUAUAUAUAUGUCAUUCAUGCAGUGAUUCAUUUACCAUUGUAAUAAUCAAAGCAGGAUGAUUUACGAAUUCUACAGUGUGUAGGAUGGUGUCCCUGCCUCUACCAAAAGUUUUUCUACUUCAUUUCUUUCAAUUAUAUCUUUGGAUAGGCUUCUGCUGUAGUAUUUUGGACAGAAUUUUUGUAUUGAGUAAUUUAUUUUAUUAGUAAUAAAGAUACUACAAAGUUUCUAUUUUUCA